CGUGCCCAAAGGAGCAUUGUCCAGCAUAACAUACCUUCCGUUUCAAGUACUUCCAGCAUUGCUUACCUUGCGUACUGAAACUGCCCCUUGCUUCCGGAAAAUUGAGGCCCACCACCACCACCACCACCACCUCCAAACUCCUCCGCUAGAUGGGGAUCCAAACAGACGAACCCAUGACAUUCAUGACUGAUUUCCUCCGCCAGUGCGGUGGCUAUGCUGUCAUCGACGGCGGCUUCGCCACCGAACUCGAACGGCACGGUGCUAACCUCAAUGACCCUCUCUGGAGCGCCAAAUGCCUCAUCAGUUCCCCUCACCUAGUCAGAAGGGUACACCUAGACUACCUUGAAGCUGGUGCAAAUAUUAUAAUAUCUGCAUCUUAUCAGGCUACUCUUCAGGGUUUUGAGGCUAAGGGCUUAUCUAGAGAAGAAGGUGAGGCCCUGCUCCGCAGAAGUGUUGAAAUAGCACGAGAGGCACUGGAUAUUUAUCGUGACCGGGGCGCCAAAAUUUCCUGGGAUGUCUUAGAAAACGGAAAUAUUAUGAAGCAGCGCCCUGUCUUAAUUGCAGCCUCCGUGGGCAGUUAUGGGGCUUAUCUGGCUGAUGGUUCGGAAUAUAGUGGGAUCUAUGGUGAUUCUGUCACUUUGGAAACUUUGAAAGAUUUUCACAGGAGAAGGGUUCAAAUUCUAGCUGAAUCCGGUGCUGACCUAAUUGCAUUUGAAACGACUCCAAACAGGUUGGAAGCAAAGGCCUAUGCUGAGCUCCUUGAAGAAGAUGACAUAAAGAUUCCAGCCUGGUUUUCUUUUAGUUCAAAGGAUGGGACCAACAUUGUCAGUGGUGAUUCCUUGUUGGAGUGUGCUUCAAUAGCCCAUUCAUGUAAGCAAGUUGUUGCUGUUGGAAUAAACUGCACCCCUCCUAGAUUUAUUCAUGGACUUAUUCAAUCGAUUCGGAAGGUUACUAGUAAGCCGAUACUCGUAUAUCCGAACAGUGGGGAGACUUAUAAUGCUGAUCGAAAGGAGUGGGUGCAAACAACCGGAGUUGCAGAUGAAGAUUUCGUGUCGUACGUGGGCAAGUGGUUUGAUGCUGGAGCUUCCCUUGUUGGUGGAUGCUGCAGAACAACCCCAAAUACUAUCAGAGCAAUAUCAAAGGUUCUCUCGAGCAGAUCUUCCACCAUUACUACCCUGCAGACUGAGUGAGUGAAACAAACUGCCAGUUUUGAUGUCCAUAUACUAUGACAAAGGAAAUAAGGAACUUUGAGAUUAUGCUUCAAGGGCCAUUUUAGACUAAUAUUUUCAUGAUUAUGAAAAGACCUUCUCUUUUUUUCUUUUUUUCUUUUUUUUUUUCUCUCUUGUUACUGGAUUUUAAACUUUAACCAGUUUGUAAUAUACUAAGUAGGGAUGACUAUCUCUCUCGACUGGAUUUUCAACUUUAACCAUUAAUUGGUUCAUUUAUUAUAA